CGUGUGCGUGUGUGUGUGUGUGUGUGUGUGUGUGUGGGGUGAGUGUGUGUGUGUGUGUGUGCGCUCACGCUUGGGCACAGUUGGAGAUCACCAGAGGGGACCCAGUUUCAUCACUACUGUAGUUUAUUUAUUUCACCUGAAGGGGGCGGCACCGAGUUUCACCUGCAGUACCGUGUUUCACCUGAGGGGGGCAGCACCAUGUCCAUGCUGCCUCUCUUCUCUCUGUGUGUGUGUGUGUGUGUGUGUGUGUGUGUGUGCGCACGUGUGUGUAUUUUCAUGUUCCAUGCACUUGUUGUGAGGUUUUGAUAACUGGGGUGUUUUUGUUUUUGUUUUGUUGUUCUUGUUUUUUUUAUAGCCGUGGUAACAAUGGUAACCGUGGUAACAAUCAUUACUGUUCACAUUUGUUGUGUUUCCAUGGCAACAUUCCAAGUGCCACUUGAGUAUUGCGCUUUUAUUCCAGUGUGUGUGUGUGUGUGUGUGUGUGUGUGUGUGUGAGUAUUUCCUGCGGUCGCUGUCUGACCCUACUCUACAGAACGGAGACCAAGUUCAGAUUUUAGUUGUUAAUCCCAUAGAAUGUAUAAUUGGAGUUUAGAGUUAGCCACAGUAUAUAAAGAGCAUUUAUAUUAUAUGACGUUUUGAUGUUUAAGUUAUGAAUAUAUAAUUGUUUGUACACGUGUGCCUGCAGUGGAAGUGUUGAGAGGACGGCCUUUGACAGGCUUCUGUAACAUUGAAACUAAAAAUAAAAGUGUUUUCUGACCAACGUCACGGUGAAAUGAGUCUCAUUUGUUCAACUGUCAUCCGGGAGAUAACAAAAAAAAAAAAAAAAAAGCAGCCGUGGCGCGUGUGGCACGUGCAGCCAUUAAUUUACUUGAAUAUUAAACUCAUCAUCAUCUUAGAGCGCGUGUGCUGCUGUAGCCUGAAGCUCGUGCGGUGCGUCACCUUUAAGACGCCCGCGACAUUUUUUCUCUCAUCCAGCUUCUCCGCAAACCGUCACGCGAAACAACAGCGGCCCUGCCGCAAAUGACUCGUCUUUGUGAAACUCUUAUCUACCGACCGAAGGACGAUUGACUGCGGACUCGGUUUGAAGUUGAAGCUGUUCGAAUUGAAUAUUUUCCGUCGGCCGAUCGCAGCGGCGGCGGUGGGGGCGCGAGAAGAGGACGACCCGGAGCAGGAGCAGCGCGCGUGUGGAGGAGGGGACGGCGCGUGAGAGGGGUGUAUACUCAAAAUGCGAUCCCUUUAAAACAAGGGGGACACGGCGGUGGGGAGAGAUAGAGGGGGAGAGAGAAGAGAUAAAAAAGGAAAAGAAAGAAAGACAGCGAGGGAGGGAGGGAGGGAGGAUUUAGAAAAAAAGAAAGAUGCCAUUCUCUCUCUCUCGAUUGAGAAACCGGGGUGGAGCCACCGACUACAGCCGAUCCAGGGUGCGCUAGCCAGGGAUCCGACUCAACGCGACACCGAGGCUUCAGGCCUGGCAGGAGCGCCAGAAUAAAACAUUAAUUGCAUUCCCCCACGAAUUAAGUCCAAACGAUAGCUUAAUUAAACGUCAUAUUACACGUAUAUUUUCUACAUGCAAGUAGUAUUGCAUGAUUGCUUUCCAAAGCCUGUUAGUGGGGUAACUAAAAUGAUUUUUGAUAAUUAAAUGAGAAUGACGAGGAGAACCACCUUACGUUUCGUUUCGUUUCACCGUUAAACGCAUGACUGAUAACGGUCACACGUGACCAAUGUGUUUUGAUGUGUCUAAACUGUGAUAGUGUUCGGAGAUCACCGGGUUCGUGUUUAGUUCCUAAUUAACACCGGAGGCUGAUCGCCUGCGCGAGGAUGAUGGAGACUCCCGAUGGCAACAUUCGGAGAAUGGAGCUCUCGCCCUGAGCGCGCGUGCACACACGAGUGCUGAACCGGAGUUUCGCCCCUAACUGUACAUCACCAAACUUGGCCCGUGCGAACCGGAGCCGCUGCCAGUAUCCCCCCCCUCCCGCCUCGAGGACCCUAGAGAGCGCGCUCACCGGUUUAUACCUUGGAAACGAAUCUCAUCAUGGACGCCACGUGGAGUAACUUUCUGUUUCAGACCCCGCCCUCCCAGGCCCCUACCGAUGGCACUAUCCAAUCAGAGCUGCUGCCAGAGCUCGCAGGCUCCGCCCACAGCCCCCCCUCGGAGCAGGAAGCCCCGCCCUCUACGGUGGACACCGCAGCUCUGAGUGAGGACCCGGAUACAGGCCUGUACCAAGAGAAAUUGAAGCCGGCGGCGGUGUCCCGGUCCUCUGCGCGUGCGUCGACACACAUCUGCUCCAUCUGCAGCAAGACGUUCAAGAACGGCUACAACCUGCGGCGGCAUCAGUCGGUGCACACAGGCGUGCGCAUGAAGGACCGCUCCGCCCGCGCCCAGACCACCGUGCCCCUCUCCCUGCUGCAGCUCACCCUGCCCCCCCCGCCCACGCCCCCCUCUUCUCAGCCCGCGCCUCCGGACCUGCAGAGGGACGCGGUCACUACAGCGACGGUGACCAUGGUGACGGCUCAGCCGCUGAGCACAGCUGUAGUUGUUGCUGGGACGAUGGUCCAGGUGUCCCAGAGUGCUUUGUUGCCCGCGCCCGUGCCCAGUGCCAGUCUGGUGUCGUGCCCGUCGUCGUCGUCGUCGUCGUCGUCGUCGGUGCGUAAGAACCACGCGUGCGAGGCGUGUGGCAAGGCGUUCCGGGACGUGUACCACCUGAACCGCCACCGGCUGUCCCACUCGGACGAGAAGCCCUUCAGCUGCCCCGUGUGCCAGCAGCGCUUCAAGCGCAAGGACCGCAUGAGCUACCACGUGCGCUCGCACCAGGGCGGCGUGGAGAAGCCUUACGUGUGCCCGCACUGUGCCAAGGGCUUCUCCAGGCCAGACCACCUGAACAGCCACGUCAGACAGGUGCACUCCACUGAAAGACCCUUCAAAUGCCCAACCUGCGAGUCGGCCUUCGCAACUAAGGACCGCCUCCGGGCUCACCUGAUUCGUCACGAGGAUAAAGUUCCGUGUCACGUGUGCGGCAAGCUGCUGUCACCUGCUUACAUCACAGAUCACAUGAGGGUGCACAACCAAUCACAGCACCGCAUCUGCCACCUGUGCAACCGCAGCUUCACCACGCUGACCUACCUGCGGGUUCACGCCCAGAAGCACCACGGGGCGGAGUGGAAGGAGGGGGGGGGCGGGCGUGCGGCGGGGGGGGUCCUGCUGUGCCAGCUCUGUGGGGUGCACUGUAAGACCCCCGCCCAGCUGCAGGGGCACAUGGGCACCCACACCGCCAUGCCAACCGAUGCCCCCGCCACGCCGGACAACGCCAACAUCACCGUUACCACCGGCAACAACACCGUCAGCCUGCUUGUCACUGACUGUUCCAGCAUAACUCCACAGACACACAGCUAACACACACACACACACACACACACAGACACACACACACACAC